AUUACAUAGAUCAAAUUGACGGGGGACAACUACGAAGAAUGGGCUCGGGCCGUACGUAUCGCACUCCGUGCCAAGAGAAAAUUUGGUUUCAUCGACGGGUCAAAUCCCCUGCCCGAAGACGACGAAGAACAGGCUGAGGAAUGGUGGAUCGUGAAUGCCAUGUUGGUGUCUUGGAUCUUUAACACCAUCGAUGGUUCACUCCGAAACUCCAUCACCCAAGUUGAGGAAGCGGCGCAACUUUGGAAGGACAUUCAAGAACGAUUUUCGGUGGCAGAUGGACCACGUGUGAACCAACUCAAGAAGGAAUUGGCAAAUUGCAAGCAAAAUGGACAGCCUAUUGCCUCUUAUUUUGGCAAAAUAAAAAACAUAUGGGAUGAAUUGGGUAGGAUUGAGAAAUUGCCUACGUGUGCAAAGUGCCGCGCAUGCAAGUGUGGCGCCAUUAAAACGAUCGAGACGCAAAAGGAGAAUGAAAAGGUGCAUCAAUUCUUGAUGGGACUCGAUAACGAGGGCUAUAGCGGCGUGCGUUCUAACAUUCUGAGUACCACCCCGCUUGCACCGCUCAAUCGUGUAUACCCAACAAUUAUACAACAAGAAGGCGUCCUCAAAGUGACCACCCAAGAAGAAGAGAAAAACCCAGUCAGUUUUGCUGUCAUCGACCGAGCAAACCGGGAGCGAGCAGACCGCGACACGACCAGAGACGUCAAAUGCAAACAUUGCGGUAUGAAUGGGAAUGAAAUCAGUGGCUGUUUUCAAUUGAUUGGGUAUCUAGAAUGGUGGGGUGAUAGGCCGCGUGGACAAAACAAUAACCGAGGAGGAAGCCGGGUUGGUCGCGGAGGUGGUCGGCUGGGGGGCAGAACUGGUGCCUCUGGAGGACGUAACAGCCGGACCCCAGCUGGUUUUGGGACUACUGCCGCGGCACACACAGCCCGAACAGAGAAAGCAAGCAGCGAACGGGAAGCCUUCACAUCCGAGCAGUGGAGCACCUUGAUGAAUCUAUUAAAGGAGAAGGACAUCCCCCUUGAAAACACUUUUUCAGGUAAUCUCACUACCUCUUGGAUUAUAGACAUCGGGGCGAGUCAACACAUGACGGGAAACGAGGAAGUCUUAACCCAUGUUGAGCGAGUACAACACUGUUCGGUUACUCUUCCGAAUGGUGACAUUGUGGCGGCCACAAAGAAAGGCCGUGUGCAGUUGAGCGGCACGCUCACUCUAGCCAACGUCUUGCUGGUUCCCAAUCUCAAUUGCAACUUGAUUUUUGUCUCUCAGCUCUUAUGUGAUAAACGAUUAAUUGUUCAAUUUAUUGACAAGGUUUGUCUUAUACAGGAUUUUUCCUCGAAGACGGUGAUUGGAGCGGGUAGGCGUCUAGGAGGUAUCUAUUUCCUUCAGAAGGGUGUGCCUGACAAAGCAUGUGUCGUACGGAGGGACGAUGUGGCAAGCACUUAGCAUAGGCGUUUGGGACAUCCUUCCCAUUCUGUUCUCAGUUUUCUUCCUCAUAUUUCCUUAAAUAAAAACCAUGUAGACGG